AUGUCGAGAGGGAGGAAAAAGCAGACUGUUUUUCCCUGAUUUCUUUCCUUUCUUUUGUAAUUUUUUCAAUUCCAUCUACUUUUCUUGAAUAUCAUUUUAAAACCUUGAGGGACGAUUUUUCUUUCUAUUUCUCCUCGAUAUCAUCCUCUUGGUUCAUUGUUUUCUCAUCGAUUCCUGGUUCAAUUUCAACCUGCAAAAAGAACGAAAAUCGAUCGAUUUAUAAUCGACUAUUAACCUCAAGAUUGUUUAUUACAAAUUACCAAAAAGGUUAUACGAGCGAAAUGGUGAAAAAUGCCAUAAAAGUGUACGCUCGACUGAAGCCCGAAAAAAAUAGAAAGAACAUAAUGAAUUACCAAAUCCGUCAUCGUCCUAAAGAGAAGUUGGAGGAAGAUUUCUUAUUCCUCGUCGUACCGAGUCAAAAGACGAAAGAGUAUCCCGAUAACCGACCUGAAUCAUGGAAUUUCUCUUUCUUCCGAAUAUUCGAGGAAUCCACCACGCAGGAGGACGUGUUCAAGAACGUCGCCCGACCGGUAGUGGAAAGUGCUCUCGAUGGCUACAAUGGUACCAUAUUCGCCUACGGCCAGACAGCCAGCGGGAAGACGUACUCGAUAACCGGAAAGCAAGAGAGCUCCGAGACUCUCGGCAUCAUACCAAGAAGCCUGCUCUAUCUGUUCGAAGCGAUUCAAAAGGUUGAGUUUCGUAUAAUCGCGGCCCGAAGUAUCCUCGAGCAGCACUCUCGGCGUAAGGGUGGAAGGAGAAUUUUCACACAACCCUUCUUCGAUUCUCUACAGCGACCGGAAAACGUGUACUCGGUCGAGGUGGCUUAUCUGGAGAUUUACAACGAGAAUGGUUACGACCUGUUGGAUCGCAGGCAGCAACGAGACAACCCGGUUACGAGAUUGGAAGAUUUACCACGCGUUGCCGUUCAGGAAGACGAGAUCGGUCGGCUACACAUGAAGAAUCUGACCUUCCAUUGCGUUGGAAACGCGGAGGAUGCUUUCGAGCUACUUCUGGUGGGCGACAGCAAUCGGGUCACCAUCGAGACGCCGAUGAAUCCAGAGUCAUCGAGAUCCCAUUGCAUCUUUACCAUCGUGGUUUGCACGAAGAAGUUCGGUGCGGACGAGUAUAAGCGAGCGAAAGUACACCUGGUGGAUCUGGCUGGGUCCGAGCGGGUCUACAAAUGCUCGAUAAGCGGCACCAUUCUAACCGAGGCGAAGCACAUUAACCUGAGCCUACAUUACCUGGAACAAGUCAUAGUGUGUCUGGGUCAGGAGAGCACGGGUCACAUUCCAUACAGGAAUUCCCUUUUAACAUCGAUCCUAAGAGACAGUCUAGGAGGAAACUGUUUAACCACCAUGUUAGCUACCAUAAGCGUCGAGUCCUACAAUCUACAGGAGACAGUGUCCACUUGUAAAUUCGCUCAAAGGGUUGCUUUGAUCAGGAACGACGUGAAAGUGGUUCUGGAAAAGGACGUUCACAGUGAGAACGCUUUAUUGAGAUUAGAAAACGAGAAACUGAGGCAACAGCUUAAGGAAAUGACGAAGGAAACUAAAGCGGAAGAACUUACCGCCGAGGAGAAGCAAAGACUGGACUUUAAUAUCAGAAGCUUCUUAGAAUCAAAUGAACAAAUUAAGGUGGAUAAUAAUCCAAAGAAAAUUGAAUAUUGUUUCGAAAGCUUGAAGAGGAUUUUCAAAUUGAACAGUGAUCCGGAUAGUUGCAUGAAGAAGCUCGAAUAUUAUAAGGAUCUCGUUAUUCAAAGAGACAAAGAGAUUUCAUUGUUGAUCGAUUUGAUAAAGAAGGAGCGGAAGAAGGGGAAAGAAGGUUGCUGUAAUGAAUCAAGAUCAAUCGAAGAAAAAUUGGAAGGUAAUUUGAAAGUAAUAGAAAAUUCAAGCAGUCUUUCAAAUUUUGAUAAAAUUCAAGUGAACAAGGAAUGCAAUGGACAGGGAGACCACUCACCCAAAGUAUUUACUGAAACAGAUGACAGGAUGUCGUCCAUGAUUAAUAACAUUUUAAAAAAUACUGUUCCUUCAAAAAAACAAAAAGCAAGACCCAAAAUUAACAAAUCUUUGCAUCAAAGAAAUUUAAUGACCAAUUUGGAUCAGAAUAUCGAUACUUCCAAAACUGUCGAACAAUCUUCGUCAAAUAAAUCAAUUUCCAACGAUUGUCCAAAGCAGAACUCGUUACCCUGUAACAUUAUCAACUUGACUCUGAAUAAUUCAACCGAGACCGACGAAACGAAUCAGCAAUCUUUCCGUAAAAAGGAACGGAAAAAGGUAAAAUCCGGAGAAAUUGAGGCUUCCAAAAAGAAGGCUAUCGAAAUCAAACAGAAUGCAGAAUCAUCGAGUGUACGAAUAGAACCUGAGAAAAUUGAAGUCCCAGUUUUAGAAACAAAUAAUGUUAAACCGUACUAUCAACGUUUCUUAAGCUUCAACGUUCCCAAAAAUUCUAACAAUUCCAUGACUGACAAUUUAACCGAGAGAAAAUUCAUAGAUCAAACAGUUGAAACUAAAAAUCAGAAUAAAAUUAAUUCUAACGAGCAGUGUAAAGUGUCAAAAUUAAAUUCUGAAGAAAAUUCCAAUUACAAACCUUGCCUUGAUUUAAAAUUAAAUUUAGAAUCAACAGUUUCUCAGAGACAGGAGCAACUGACCGAUAGAAUGAGAAAGUGUCUUAAUGUUGAUCACCUAAUGAGCUCAAGAUCAAUCGGUGUUAAUUCACGUGACAUCGAUGUCGGUUUAAACCAACAGAGAAAUGCAGAAUCUCUGGAAAACGAGGCAAAAGAAAGUCAUAAGCAAUCAACAAGAAGUAAUGUAUGUUCCUUUGAUAAGCUAGACAGCAACAGAAGAAAAACGAGUGAAAAGAGGACUAGUAUUUCCAGUUUCACGGUUGACCAGCCGGAAAAACCUUACGUCUUUGAUGAACAGAGGAAGGAAGAAGUUAAUCAAACGUCGAAUUACGAUGGAAAUAAAGAUUUCGAGGGUUCGUUACCAUUGACAGGUGAUCCAGAGAUUGACGAAGAGAUUAUCGCCUUUUACAAAGCGAAGAGGUCAGGUGGUACUUAUUAAAUCCCUAAUAACACUCAAACAGUAAUUAGAA